AUGCUUCGAGCAAAGCGUCAAAACACCCACCCUCUGGAGGAUGCCUCCGUGGCGCCGGAGACCUUCACUGAUGGCCUCCCACUACCGAAAUUGAUCGCCUUCGACCUCGACUACACUCUCUGGCCCUUCUGGGUGGAUACGCACGUCAGUGCCCCUGUGAAAGCACGAGACAACAACUCACGCACCGUGGACCGGUGGGGUGAGUCUUUUGCUUUCUACCCAGCAGUCUCGUCGAUAAUCUAUGCCUGUAAACACCGUUCAAUCCCAUUAGCCCUGGCAUCUCGGACGCACGCUCCUGAUCUGGCACGCGACAUGCUCAAAGCCCUGCACGUCAUCCCCACCUUCUCCGAUAACCCCGCCGCCAACGCCAAAACCAUUCGCGCACUGGAUUACUUCGAUCACAUUCAAAUAUUCCCUGGGAAUAAGACAUCGCACUUUGCGCGGAUCCAUCAGACGAGUGGAAUCGCUUAUGAGGAUAUGCUAUUCUUCGAUGACGAGGCGCGGAACCGGAAUGUGGAAACGGAAUUGGGGGUCACAUUCUGCUUGGUGAGGGAUGGGAUGACAAGAGAUGAGGUUGAUCGAGGAGUGAAAGCUUGGAGGAAGAGGAAUGGGAUAAAGAACAAGACUGUUGAGGAUGAGUGA